AUGGCCUACAAUAAAGCGUUCAACCCAGAUGCCCUUCCAGCUCAUGCCGAGCCUGAAGAAGCGGCGCAAGCAAUCAGCCGACUUCAAGAACGGCGAAGAUCUUCUCAGACAUCAGCGAUGAACAGCCAUCCUACCCCUCCCAAGAAUGGCACCGGCCCCAUUGUGGCUGGUCGGGGGCGAAUCUCUCCAAAUCACCAACAGCAGCCCUUCCGUCCACCUCAUGCGGCACCUGAUGAGGCAGACCUGUUUCCCCUGUUCCGCGCUGCCAACGUUUCCGGUUCGGGCUGCUUGUCGGAGAAGGAACUUUCAUCAGCCCUAGUCAACGCCGACUACACGGCUUUCGAUCCAUAUACAAUUAAAUGCCUGCUUAGGAUGUUCUCGUCCACAGCUACAAAAUCUCACAUCACCUACGAAGAAUUCGUUAAUUUGUGGCGAUUCCUUGCUGCUUGGAGGGAGCUGUUUGAGAGAUUUGACGAGGAUCAUUCUGGGCGUAUCAGCCUGCAAGAGUUUGGCAAGGCAUUACUGGCAUUUGGGUACCGAUUGAGUCAGCCAUUUACAGCAGUACUAUAUAAUUCUUACAACGACCGAGGAGGAACGGGGCGAGGAAGGGAAGGCAUGAGCUUCGAUUUAUUUGUACAGGCAUGCAUCAGUCUCAAGCGGAUGACCGACGUGUUCAAAGGCUAUGAUGAUGAUCGGGAUGGUUAUGUCACAUUGAGCUUUGAGGAGUUCUUGACGGAAAUCUUGAGGCUUAGGGAAUGA